AUGCUUACUGCUGAGCAACGAAAUGUAUACGAUAAAAUCAACCUAUCAAUAGCAGCACAACAAGGUGGUUUCUAUUAUUUGGAUGCACCAGGUGGUACUGGUAAAACAUUCCUUAUCUCACUGAUACUUACGAGCAUUCGUUCACAAAAUCACAUUGCAUUGGCGUUUGCUUCAUCAGGUAUUGCAGCCACUCUUCUUGAUGGUGGUCGAACUGCCCACACAGCACUGAAACUAAAUCCCGACGCAAUGUGUAACAUAAAACAACAGUCAGGAAUGGCUGAAGUUCUGAGAAAGUGCAAAAUAAUUAUUUGGGAUGAAUGCACAAUGGCCCAUAAGCAUUCGCUAGAGGCACUCGACAGAACUCUGAGAGAUAUAAGGAAUAAUCGUAGGCUUUUUGGUGGUGCUCUGCCUGACAUCCCACGAGCAACAUAUGCGAACGAAAUAAAUACAUGUUUGAAAGAGUCAUAUCUAUGGCGACAUAAAACUAUGGUGGCUACCAAAGAAGAGUUGAUGCAAAGUAUUUUUCCAGAGAUAGAAUAUAAUUAUACAAACCAUACAUGGCUACGUGAGCGAGUUAUUUUAGCUGCAAAAAAUGUAGAUGUUGACACUAUCAAUUUCAAAAUACAACAGUCACUGCCUGGUAAUGAAUUUACAUUUAAAUCAAUAGGCACUGUUGUUGAUCCAGAUGAAGUUGUCAACUAUCCUGUUGAAUUUUUAAAUUCACUGGAUUUAACUGGAAUGCCACCACAUUACUUGCGAUUAAAGAUUGGCUCACCUAUAAUUUUGCUUCGAAAUUUGAAUGCGCCAAAAUUGUGUAAUGAUACGCGAUUGGUCACAAAAAAAUCAUGGGCAACAUUCUUGAAGCCACUGUUUUGA